CGUUUUUGAGCAGCAGGCCUAUUCUGGGAAAUGCAGUCCUAUUUGUAAAAUUCUAGCAGCGUUUGGCAUCUGGAAGACUACAAGUCCCAACAAUACACAACGCAGUCGCAGACUGGUGGGAAUGGCUUAUUUCAAUGGUGUCUGUGGGACAUUGAAUGACUUUUAACAGAGCUGGUGGAUAGCUGCUCCAUUAAUUUAUCUCUCUAGAAAGGUGUCAAUUUAGCUUGAACAUGGAGGCUCUAAUCCCCGUUAUAAACAAGCUUCAAGAUGUCUUCAAUACGGUGGGAGCAGACAUAAUACAGCUGCCGCAGAUAGCAGUCGUUGGAACCCAGAGCAGUGGGAAGAGCUCUGUGUUGGAGAGCCUGGUUGGCAAGGACAUGCUGCCCCGUGGGACAGGUGUAGUGACCCGCCGGCCACUCAUCCUACAGCUAGUCCAUGUGGAUCCUGGAGAUGGCAGGAAAAUGAAAGAUGAGAAUGGCGUGGAAGGAGAUGAAUGGGGCAAGUUCUUACACACCAAAAACAAGAUCUACCCAGACUUCAGUGAAAUCAGGCAGGAAAUCGAAAAUGAAACGGAAAGAAUUUCCGGUAUUAACAAGGGGAUCAGCGAUGAGCCUAUCCACUUGAAGAUUUUCUCUCCUAAUGUGGUGAACCUCACUCUGGUGGAUCUACCCGGCAUCACCAAGGUCCCAGUGGGCGACCAGCCCCAAGACAUAGAGGUGCAGAUCAGAGAGCUGAUCCUGAAGCACAUCUCCAACCCCAACUCCAUCAUCCUGGCUGUGACCGCUGCCAACACAGACAUGGCCACCUCAGAGGCCCUCAAAGUGGCCCGUGAGGUCGAUCCCGACGGCAGGAGGACACUGGCGGUGGUGACCAAGCUGGACUUGAUGGACGCUGGUACUGAUGCUAUGGACGUCCUGCUGGGCCGGGUCAUCCCUGUCAAACUGGGCCUCAUCGGAGUGGUCAACAGGAGCCAGUUGGACAUCAACAAUAAGAAGUCAGUGAGCGAUGCCAUCCGAGAUGAAGAUGCUUUCUUGCAGAAGAAGUAUCCCUCUCUGGCUAAUCGAAAUGGAACCAAGUAUCUGGCCAGGACUCUUAACAGGUUACUGAUGCACCACAUCCGAGACUGUCUACCGGAGCUGAAGACACGUAUCAACGUGCUGGUGGCCCAGUACCAGUCUCUGUUGAGCAGCUACGGCCAGCCCGUUGAGGACCAGAAUGCCACCCUUCUGCAGCUCAUAACCAAAUUCGCUGCAGAGUACUGCCACACUAUCGAGGGCACCGCCAAGUACAUUGAGACGGCUGAGCUAUGCGGUGGUGCCAGAAUCUGUUACAUAUUUCACGAGACUUUUGGGCGAACAUUAGAGUCAGUGGAUCCCCUAGGAGGACUCAACACCAUAGACAUCCUGACUGCCAUCAGGAACGCCACUGGCCCUCGUCCGUCUCUGUUUGUGCCCGAGGUGUCGUUUGAGCUGCUGGUGAAGAAGCAGGUGAAGAGACUGGAGGAGCCCAGCCUGCGCUGUGUGGAGCUGGUCCAUGAGGAGCUGCAGAGGAUCAUCCAGCACUGCAGCAACUACAGCACACAGGAGUUGUUGAGAUUUCCAAAGCUCCAUGAUGCCAUAGUAGAAGUGGUCACCUCUCUGCUCAGGAAAAGGCUGCCUAUCACCAAUGAGAUGGUGCAUAAUCUGGUGGCCAUAGAGCUGGCCUACGUCAACACCAAACACCCUGACUUUGCUGAUGCCUGUGGGGUCAUGAACAACAACAUAGGAGUCGAGGAGAAACAGAAUGAGAGAACUGCCCGCUGCAGUCCCCAGGGAUAAGCCUCCCGGAGCAGGGCCCCAGGGGGACCAGGAAGGGACAGGGAACUGGAGAGGCAUGCUGAAGAAAGGGGACGAGGGGGCCCCCGGCUCUGGCCCCGCCAGUCCCCAU